AAAAUUAUAUAAAAAUGGAUUUGAAGAUAUCCACAGCCAUGCCUUCAAUGGGACAAAGCUGAAUCAAUUAAUCCUGAAGGAUAAUAAGAACCUUAGGCGGAUACACAACGAUGCCCUGAGAGGGGCCACAGGGCCGGACGUCCUGGAUAUUUCUUCAACGGCACUGGAGUCCCUGCCUAGUUACGGGCUUGAGGCUAUUCAAGUCUUAAAUGCAACGUCAUCUUACUCAUUAAAGAGACUGCCACCACUGGAUAAAUUCAGCAGUCUUCUGGAAGCUGUUCUAACAUAUCCCAGCCACUGCUGUGCUUUUCAAAAUCUAAGGAUAGAAAAACAAAAUUCCUUGCUUUCCAUUUUUGACAACUUCUCCAAAGAGUGUGAGAGCACCAUGAGGAAACCAACUAAUGAAAUAUUUUACAGAGAUGACGCUUACAACGCAUCACUGUGGUCAGCAGAAAAGAAUACAUACCUGUUCGCAACAGAUGAAGAAAACUCUCCUUACAGCUACUCAGCCUUUUUCGAUGACAGUGAAAUGACUGGCUUCGACUUUGAGUACGACUUCUGCCAGCCUAAGAUACUCACGUGCACUCCAGAACCAGAUGCAUUUAAUCCCUGCGAAGACAUCCUGGGAUACAGCUUUCUCAGAGUCCUGAUCUGGUUUAUAAACAUCCUUGCCAUUGCUGGCAAUUUCACUGUACUCCUCGUUCUCAUAACUAGCCAUUACAAGCUCACUGUUCCGCGCUUCCUCAUGUGCAACCUCUCCUUUGCAGAUUUUUGCAUGGGACUUUAUCUGCUGCUCAUUGCCUCUGUUGACGCCCAAACAAGUGGUCAGUACUACAACCAUGCAAUAGACUGGCAAACAGGCAGCGGCUGCAGCACUGCCGGCUUUUUCACUGUCUUUGCAAGCGAGCUCUCGGUGUACACGCUAACAGUGAUCACUGUAGAAAGGUGGCAUACAAUCACCUACGCCAUGCAGCUGGAUCGAAAGCUCCGCCUGAGGCAUGCUGUGCCCAUCAUGCUCGGUGGCUGGAUAUUCUCCAUUUUAAUAGCGGUGCUGCCUCUCCUAGGGGUCAGCAGUUACAUGAAGGUCAGCAUUUGUUUACCCAUGGAUAUUGAAACGGGUCUUUCCCAGGCCUAUAUACUGCUGAUCUUAGUGCUAAAUGUUGUUGCCUUCCUUGUCAUUUGUGCUUGCUACAUUAAGAUUUACAUAGCUGUUCAGAAUCCAGAGCUGGUAGCUGCCAAUAAAGAUACCAAGAUCGCCAAGAGAAUGGCGAUACUGAUCUUCACGGAUUUUACCUGCAUGGCCCCCAUCUCCUUUUUUGCCAUAUCUGCUGCCUUUAAAGUACCUCUCAUCACAGUGACAAACUCCAAGAUCUUGCUGGUUUUAUUUUACCCUGUCAACUCCUGUGCAAACCCAUUUCUCUAUGCAAUUUUCACCAAAGCCUUUCGAAGGGAUUUCUUUCUGCUGAUGAGCAAGCUUGGUUGCUGUAAAAGCCAAGCAGAACUUUACAGGAUGAACUAUUUCUCUGCUUAUGCCUCCAACUGCAAGAAUGGCAGCGCAGCCACAGCUCCCAGCAAAACUUCACAUGCGCUGUUACUGUUGUCGGCAUUAGAGAAGCCAUCUCCUGCAGCACGAGACAAGGUGUCUUACAAUGAAAAUUAA